CCAUUGGCAUUUAACAAACUCAUGACCAAUGUACACCGCAAGAGCCAAUGCUACCUCCCCUUUUCCACCUUUUUAUAAACCCCCAUCUGUUCCACUUUUCUAUACACACCGACUUCCUCCUUCCUCUUUCGCAAUUCUUUUACUCUCUCUUUCAUUGAGCUCGUUUGCUCUUCUUUCUUCUUAGCAAACUUUCCAAACUUGUGGUCUUUCUUUCCAAUUCGAAUUGCAAUCUUGGUCAUCUUCUUGUUGCGCGCAACGACGUACUGAUUUGUAAAAGCUUUUAAGAAAAAAAAAUAAGUUUUGUGGUUUAUGCACAGCAUCAGCAGCAAUUCUCUUCUGUUUGUGUUGUCCAAAACCAUCUUGUCGGCGAACAAGCCAUGUCAACGACCGGGAGCGGCAGCCCUAGCCCUGCGGCCGCGGCGUCGGCGGCGGCGGUGGAGGAUACCAGCAGCCACUGGGCACCGCACGGCCCGGUGCUGACGGCCUGCGUCGCGGGCAUCAACGUGUUCAUGAUCCUCCUCAUCUUGUUCUUUUUCUGGCGGUUCUUCUCCGGGAAACGGGGCCCGUCCGCGUCAGCCGGCGCCGACGACGACGACGCGUCGUCGUCCAGAUCGCUGCCCGUAGCCUCCCCCUGGGCGCCCCGUCGAGGUCGCGAUGCCCCCGUUCCGCGGCCGCAGGACGACGUGGCGUCGUCCCUGCCUGUGUACGUGCACUCCAGCGCCGGCGCAAGCGGGAAAGCGGCCGAAUGCGCGGUGUGCAUCGUGGAGCUCCGCGACGGCGACGCGGCGCGCCUCCUGCCCCGGUGCGGCCACCGGUUCCACGCCGACUGCGUGGGCGCGUGGCUGCGGCUCCACGCCACGUGCCCGCUCUGCCGCGCAAGCGUCCUCGCCCCAGCCGCCGCCCCCGCCGGCGCCGAGACCAGGAACGCCAAGGACGACGUCGGCGCGGACUGUCCCGUGUGAGGCCAGACCAGCUACCGCGCUGGCGCUGGCGAGCAAGCUAAGCUGGAGGAGCACGUAAACGGCGGAUGGUGACGAGCAACUUUCGGCGUCGGCUUCCUUGUCCCUUAGCUACAAGCUGGCUGACAGAAGGAAAAUAAGGUUGGCGACUGGUGAGCGAUCGAUGGCCUCGUCUUCAUCUGUUGCUUUUUAUAAUCUUGCAUGGUUUCCCGAUUAAAGAUUUCUAGUCUAUAUAUAUAUAUAAAUAUAUCUGGAUUGGUGUCGUUUUUAUAUUUCUGUGAUGUGUGUAUGAUUGGGUUUUUGUAAGAUAGUAUAUAUGGUGGAUUUGGUAGCUGCAUUUUGCAUGCAUGUGUGUGAUAGAAUUAAUUACUGGUUGUAAGGUUGCCUGUAAACUAAAUUGAAUGGAGACUGAGUUUGAAUCUUU